AUGAGCUCACGUAAUAUGAUGGACGACUCAGCAUCCAAGAGUAAGGCGGAUUUGCAUCAACCAAAAGCGAACAAUAAACCACAAGGACAGCAAGUGGCUGCCCUUUUAAGAGAAAAAGUUGAUUAUGAUUAUGAUAUGUUUGGAGGACAAAGGCAAGAAGUUAGUCGUUCAAAUAGUGCUCCACCAACUCAAGCGGUAGAUCAGUUUGGUCGUUUUGAUCCAGAACUAGAUCCUUCACUAUCUGAUCCACGUUUAGACCCUGAUUAUCCAGCAUAUUAUUAUGCAAAUUCACGAAUGGAGCCCAGACUACCGCCUCCCCAAUAUAUUCCGGGGCAAUCGUGGCAAUUAUGGGCUGGUGGUGGUGGUUUAGGCGGUCUGAACACUAAACCCAAUAGUGGUUCUUCUAAUCAACCUCCAAAAUCCAAAAUUUUGGAAAAAUUUAGGGGUUUGGAUGCAGAUGAUGAUUUUCUACGUGAACAUCCUUUGGAUCAAAGCUUAGAACCAGAGCAUCAUCAUUCAACUUUUGGAGUACAGCAAGAUUUUUCAAAUGAAACUAGUAUGCAAUAUGAACAAUUCGGUGCCCACAGUAGCAGCAGUGCUGCGUCGCUCUGGCGGAACGAAUUGGUAUCUCCACCACCUCAAGGAAUAGGAGGAGUUAAUAAUGAUCCACAUUCAUCGAAUAAACGGAAAAAUUUAGUAGAUAUGAUUCAAGAGGACUUCCCACGAACACCUUCUCCUAUGUACGCUUUAAGACAAGCCCAAGCACGAGAACGUCAAGCUGCACUUGCUGAAGCUAAUGUUACUUCAUCAAAUGUAACAGGUGAUAUGGGAAAUGAUGCAUUUGAUGUUCAUGACCUUAGAGCUGCCCUUGAAUUUGAUGAUCCACUUGGUCACUCGAAUCAUUAUUCAAAUGCUUUGCGUGUAUCACAAAGUGAUGAUGAUCAUAUGAAUUCUGUUGUGAAUGCCGCGUUAGAUGAAGAUUAUGUGCAUCGAAUGGGAGCUUAUUCAAGAGGAACUUCGCCACCAUCUCUUCGCGCGAAAUUGUCUCCGCCGCCUCGUGCUGCGUCUACGCCACCUACGCAAAAUCAUUUCCGUAAUCACAGCCUUAAUUUUCCACAAGAAUUCCAUGGUGAUUUAUCUCAUAAUGAACUUUUCUAUAAUCUAAAGAAUUUGGAGGGAACUGAUGAAUACACCGACAAUCUUCAACAAGCUCACCUUCUCCAUCCUUAUGGCUCCGUAUGGGAUGCACGCGACGAGGCCGUAAUCAGUCGAAACCUUCUUUCAGCUGAUUUAGCAUAUGGACGUAAUAAUUCUUUGAGUGGUUUAAGUUCAGGGCGAGGAUCUAUUGAUUAUCAAAAGGCAUUCCAACAACAGUCAUUAAGUUCAAUUGGUGGUAGUCGAAACGAACAAUUAUUAUCAUCCGAAUAUGGUACUGCAAAAACUGGUCCAUAUUACAACUCAUCUAACCUUAGCAGUGCUGGUGGUUUAAGUUUAACUGGUAAUUCUCUUGCUCAAACUCGUGCAAGCCUUGCCGAGAAAAAUUUACGGAUACAAUCUCAACAGUUAUUACUUCAACAGCAACAACUUAAGCAACAACAAAUGAUAAUUGCCAGAGAACAAUUAUUAAGACAUCAUCAUUCUGCUGAGUAUUUGAAUGGUAUCGGAGGGUAUGGUGGUAUUUCUAGUGGACGUCGUAGUCACGAUUUAAGUUCUAGCAUGUCAGAUCCUGGUCAUGGUAUGAGAAGUGCUUUAUUAGAGGAAUUUAGAAACAACAAGAAUAAGAAGUAUGAACUUAGGGAUAUUGUUGGUAAUAUUGUUGAGUUCAGUGGAGAUCAACAUGGAUCACGAUUUAUUCAACAAAAGUUAGAAACUGCAAAUAGCGAGGAAAAGCAGUUAGUCUUCGACGAAAUUCUUCCUAAUGCUUUGCAAUUGAUGACUGAUGUUUUUGGCAAUUAUGUUAUUCAAAAAUUCUUUGAACACGGAAAUCAAGUGCAAAAGACAAUAUUGGCUAAACAAAUGGAGGGACAUGUUUUGUCUUUAGCUUUACAAAUGUAUGGAUGUCGUGUUGUUCAAAAGCACGUUCUUACCGAACAACAAGCUACGUUGGUCAAGGAACUUGAUGGGAAUGUCCUUAAAUGUGUCAAGGAUCAAAAUGGAAAUCACGUCAUUCAAAAAGCUAUCGAACGUGUCCCAGCUGAGCAUAUUCAGUUCAUCAUUAAUGCUUUCCAUGGUCAAGUCUAUAGCCUUGCUACGCAUCCUUACGGCUGCCGUGUAAUUCAGCGAAUGUUUGAACAUUGUACUGACGAACAAACGAAACCACUUUUAGAAGAACUUCAUCGGUAUACUCAGAAUUUAGUCCAAGAUCAAUACGGAAAUUAUGUUAUUCAACAUGUUUUGGAACGUGGAAAGGCGGCCGAUAAAUCAAUGGUCGUAGCUAAAGUGCGGGGCAAUGUCUUGCAAAUGUCGAAACAUAAAUUUGCAAGUAAUGUAGUAGAAAAAUGUGUCGCUUACGGUAGUAAACGAGAUCGGCAAUUAUUGAUCGAAGAGGUCAUUAUGACUAAACCUGACGGGACUUCACCGUUGAUUUCAAUGAUGAAAGAUCAAUAUGCUAAUUAUGUUGUUCAAAAAAUGCUUGAUGUUGUUGAUGGUGACCAACGAGAUUUAUUAGUCGCCAAAAUCAAGCCACAUUUACAGUCAUUGAAAAAAUAUACAUAUGGAAAGCAUCUCAUUUCGAAGUUUGAAAAGCUUAUGAUCCUCACAGAAAAUCAGAAAAAUCAAAACGGCGGCGGUCUCUCCAUUGACGGAAUGUCAAGUACCGGUCUUGUAUCACCUUCUAUUUCAACUACACCUCUUGGUACUGGUAAUAAUACACCAGUCAUGUCAUCACCGGCUAUUGGACCUGAUACAAAUAUACAUCCUAGCACCAGUCCUCACAUGUCCGAACAAAUCUAA